AUCUUUCUCAAAAUUUUAUUCGAUUUUUCAGUGGUCUAUCGUUAGAAGUUCAUACCUCUCUCUCUCUCUCUCUCUCUCUCUCUCUCUCUCAUACACACAGAAUGAAGGAAACCAUAGUGUUGUAUCCGGCUGCUGCCUUUCACCACAUGGCCUCCAUGGUAGAAUUAGGAAAGCUAAUCAUGCAACAUCACCCAAACUUGUCCAUAACAAUCCUAGUCGCAACCAUGCCUUUUGACGCAUCUGCCACUUCCUCCUACAUCAACCACCUCUCCAAAACCGAUCUUCCUAUCUCCUUCUACUCCCUUCCCUCAAUCCAUCUUCCCCCACCCCAACAAGAUUCUCAUGACACCAAAAGCCGAGUAGCCUCGGCAUCCGAGUUCAUCCACCUCAAUGCUCCCCAUGUCCUUGAUGCCCUCCGAACCAUUUCUCUGUCCUCCUCCGUCCAAGCUCUCAUAACCUCGGUUGUCCACUUAUAUGACGACAGCCUCCACAUCCCAACUUACUACUACUAUAGCUCUUGUGCUUCUACUCUCGCCAUUCUUCUCUUCUUGCCAACCCUCCACAAUCAAACCGCUAAAAGCUUCAAGGAUCUCGACGGCACUCUCUUGCACAUUCCUGGACUUUCACCCAUCAGAGCCUCAUACAUGCCUCAACCUCUUCUCCAACGAGACGACCCCACUUACCAUUUCUUCCUUAACUUUGGCUCCUGCCUACCCAAAUCAAAGGGGAUCAUAGUAAACACGUUUGACUCACUUGAGCCACAUGCAAUCAAAUCCAUAGCUGAUGGUGCUUGCGUUCCAAACGGUCUAAUGCCACCGGUAUACCCUAUUGGUCCACUGAUCACAGAUGCCAAAGAUAGAGCCGGCGGCACCUUAUGCGAUGCAUCAUCCGAAUGUUUAGCAUGGUUAGAUGUGCAGCCAAGCAGAAGCGUUGUGUUCUUGUGCUUUGGUAGUAGAGGUACGUUUUCUGAAGCACAGCUUGAAAAGAUUGCCUGUGGGUUGGAGAGAAGCAACCAAAGAUUCUUGUGGGUGGUGAAGAGUCCUCUGGGUUCAACUACAGAACCAAACUUAGAGGUGCUGUUGCCAAAAGGGUUUGCACAGAGGACCAAAGAAAGGGGUCUUGUAGUGAAGUCUUGGGCUCCACAGAAUGCUAUUCUGAGCCAUGAAUCGGUAGGUGGGUUCGUGACGCACUGCGGGUGGAACUCGGUGCUGGAAGCAGUGAGUUACGGUGUGCCGAUGGUGGCAUGGCCAUUGUAUGCUGAGCAGCACACGAAUGCUGUGGUUUUGGUGGAGGAAAUGAAGCUGGCAAUACCCAUUGGCAUGGCAACAUCUUCUGAGGAAGGAGAAAAAGAAGGGUUGGUGAGUUCAGAGGAGGUGGAAACCCGCGUGAGACAACUGAUGGAAUUGGAGGAAGGGAAAGUUCUUAGAAAGCGAAGUCUAGAGAUGAGAACCAUUGCUAGGGCGGCUUGGACUGGUGGUGGGACGUCCUUCACUGCCUUUUCCAAGUUGGUUGCUUCUUGGAAGCUAGGAUGAUCAUUUGCUUGAUUUUUCUUGUGAUUUUUGGACUUGCUUGUUGAUGUUUAUUAAUUGGAAAGUGUAGCGGGCUGGUCCAACCUAUUACUAAAAAAGUUGUAUUUCUUGGAUGUUUAACAA